GUAAAAUAAAUAGCAGUUUACUCUUAUUUUCAAAAGGGUUUGACCCAUCCACUACCCUAACCUGCGUCCUUACAGAGUUUGGCGCUCUUAUAGUAUUUAAACCCUUCAUAAUUACUAGGGUCACUAGAGGGCGCUGCCACAAUAAACGUAAACAUUGGGCGAACAUGCUUCUCAUACAAACAAAUGUUACUUUUAUUCCUAUAUUACAUCAUAUCUACAUAUAAUUUUUGUUGCUUUGGUAUUUGUUUAAAACUUUUAAAAAAUUCCUCAGAGUUGAGGUUCAAUCAACAAGGUUCAACUCGCUAUGAAUGUAUUUCAUCACAGAAUCACUCAGUUGUUUUUUCGGUUAUGUGAAAAGAGGGAGGAGCUGGAUAAAUCGGCUUUAUGACAGAGAACUUUGGUCAGAAAGCUGCCAGAGCUCAGCAGCCUCUCGUCUCUGUUUCUCUCUCUGAUGAUGGAGACUCUGCAAGACACUGAACUCUGCUUUCCACAACUACUCAACACCUCCUGCAGGAAGCCAGUGCAACAUCGUGCUGAGACCAUAUUUCUUUACAUUCUGCUGUCUUGCAUCUCUUCGCUCACUGUGGUUCUCAACCUGCUGGUCAUCAUCUCCAUCUCCCACUUCAGGCAGCUCCAGAGCCCCACCAACCUCCUCAUUUUGUCGCUGGCGGUCUCAGACUUCCUCGUUGGCCUCCUGCUUAUGCCGGUUCGAAUUCUCCUUAUAGGGGGCUGCUGGGUUUUGGGCAGCUUGACAUGUGGACUUUUUUACUAUGCCUCUUUUAUCCUUACAUCUGCCUCAGUAGGAAACAUGGUGCUCAUAUCAGUUGACAGAUAUGUUGCCAUUUGUGACCCUUUGUGUUACCUCACCAAAGUCACUCAGAAUAGAGUUAAAAUCUGUGUUUGCCUGUGUUGGGCCUGUUCUGUGUUCUAUAAUGGGGUGAUACUGAUGGACUUUCUAAAACAUCCAGAUCGAUACAAUUCCUGCUAUGGAGAAUGUGUAGUUGUAAUUAACUUCGUAACAGGAGCUGUUGAUGUCAUGUUGACCUUUGUUAGCCCCAUUGCUAUUAUCAUAGUUCUGUAUAUGAGAGUAUUUGUGGUGGCUGUGUCUCAGGCUCGAGCCAUGAGGUCUCAUACUGCAGCUGUUACACUCCAAGGUUCGGUUACUGUAACCACAAAGAAGUCUGAGAGAAAAGCCGCCAGGACUCUUGGUGUUGUCGUGGUUGUGUUUCUAAUAUGUUUCUGUCCUUAUUUUUAUCCCUCUAUUGCAGGCCAGGACUUGUCAACCAGUGUGGAUAUUUCAAUUUUUGGGGUCUGGCUACUUUAUUGUAACUCCUGUCUAAAUCCAGUACUGUAUGCAUUUUUCUACCCAUGGUUUAGAAGAUCUAUUAAACUAAUUGUUACACUUCAGAUACUGCAGCCUGAUUCCUGUGAUGCCAACAUACUGUAGAGAUGUCUGUAGAGUGACUGAAAUGAUGCCGCUGCUAGUUCACAGGAAAAAUGAAGUGCCGUUC